ACAAUUUCACUCGUCGCGCGCUAAAGCGGGAGAGGGUCUGGCUACUUUAAGGCUCCCCUGAAGUUUGAGGUGCACAACACGAGAGCUCUCUGCUUGGGUGGUCUCUCUACUUUGGUGAGCUGUUGCUAAGCAGCUAAUAAUAGUCGUGUUUGCUGAGUAAUUUUUGCCCUUCUGGAACCAAUCAGAUGCAAGAAACUGCGGCCAUCUGACAGCCCUGGAGGCGGGAUUUCGAUUCUUUUCUGCCUUACCCCUCCUCCUCUGUCUCCAAAUGGAGAGAGUUCUUUUUUCUCAGCUAUUGAAUCUCGGAGCUCGCCGAGUCCCGCGGCCUGAGGACGACUAUAUAGCACGCAGAAUGAUACAGCAACCGAUCGGUCGAAGCUGCCGUUUAGUACAAGGAGAGCCUAUUUCCCCCUUUGUCUUUUAAAAGAAACAUUCUUAAGGGAAAAAAACAGUGAAUGUGGGAAGCAGCGGAGAACCCCGGAUCGCGAAAUGUUGCGAUGGAAGGCGCAGACUUCGACUCGCCGUACUAAACAGGAGUAUGAAGUACUUUGCGGGAUUGAGAUCACCGAGAGUGAAACCGUGUCGCCCUGGAAUAUCAAAAAACGGAGGAAUAUAAGAUCGUGGAUAGCACAACCCACAGCCCAGUCUCUGCAACAUGGCCUCGGCUGUUAAUGACUCCUCGGAGCAGGAAAACAGGCACCCCGAUCGGCCGAGGAUAACUCGGAGGAACAGGGGGAACUAUCGCCCAACGGCAACGGAUCUGGAGUAUUUGCAACGGCCGAGUUAUUGUGAUGCAGCUUUUGCAUUGGAACAAAUAUCGCAGGGGAACGCGACCGGGAGAAAAGCACCGCUGUGGCUAAGAGCAACAUUUCAAAGACUCUUAUUUAGACUGGGAUGUUACAUACAAAGGAACUGCGGAAAGUUUUUGGUUGUCGGCCUCUUGAUAUUCGGAGCUUUCGCUGUUGGUUUGAGGGCAGCUAAUCUGGAGACCGAUGUGGAGAAGCUUUGGGUGGAAGUGGGGGGCAGGGUAAAUCGAGAGCUGCAGUACACCCGGCAGCAGAUGGGGGAGGAGGCCAUGUUCAACCCCCAGCUGAUGAUUCAGACCCCCAGGGAGGAGGGCGCCAACCUCCUCACCGUGGAGGCGCUACGGCAACACCUGGACUCCGCCCUCAAGGCGAGCAGAGUGCAAGUUUACAUGUACAACAGACAAUGGAAUUUGGAACAUUUAUGCUACAAAUCAGGAGAACUAGUUACAGAAGCAAACGUCAUGGACCAGAUUAUUGAAAAAUUAUAUCCAUGUUUAAUAAUCACUCCACUGGAUUGCUUCUGGGAGGGUGCAAAACUCCACUCAGGAAUGUUUUAUCUACCAGGCCGGCCCCCCAUGCAGUGGACGAACUUUGACCCCGUGGAGUUCCUGGGGGACCUGCGGCGUCUGAACUGGGCGGUGGACAGCUGGGAGGAGAUGCUGCAGAAGGCCGAGGUCGGUCACGGGUACAUGGACCGGCCCUGCCUGAACCCGGCCGACCCGGACUGCCCGCCCACCGCGCCCAACAAGAACGCCACGCGGCCGUACGACAUCGCGCGCGUGCUCACGGGCGGCUGCCACGGCCUCUCCAGGAAGUACAUGCACUGGCAAGAGGAGCUGAUUGUGGGCGGAGCCAUCAAGAAUGGCAGCGGCCAACUCCUGAGUGCUCAGGCCCUGCAGACCAUGUUCCAGCUGAUGACUCCUAAGCAGAUGUAUGAACACUGGAAGGUCUACAGCGACGUCUCCCUCAUCAACUGGAACCAGGAGAAAGCAGCCGCCAUCCUGGAGGCCUGGCAGCGCCGGUACUCUGAGGCUGUGCAGCAGAGUGUCUCCAUUAACUCCUCCCAGAAGGUGCUCACUUUCACGACUACUACCUUAGAGGACAUCCUCAAGUCCUUCUCUGACAUCAGCGUGAUCCGCGUUGCCAGCGGUUACCUGCUCAUGCUCGCCUACGCCUGCCUCACCAUGCUGCGAUGGGACUGUGCCAAAUCCCAGGGUGCCGUUGGGCUGGCGGGCGUCCUGCUGGUGGCGCUGUCCGUGGCGGCCGGACUCGGGCUCUGCUCCCUGCUCGGCAUCUCCUUCAACGCCGCCACCACUCAGGUUUUGCCCUUCCUCGCCCUCGGCGUCGGGGUGGACGACGUCUUCCUCCUGGCGCACGCCUUCAGCGAGACGGGCCAGAACAAACGCAUUCCGUUUGAGGACCGGACGGGGGAGUGUCUGAAGCGGACUGGAGCCAGUGUGACCCUGACCUCCAUCAGUAACGUCACCGCCUUCUUCAUGGCUGCACUCAUCCCCAUUCCAGCACUGAGAGCCUUCUCCCUGCAGGCGGCGGUCGUGGUCGUGUUCAACUUCGCCAUGGUCCUGCUCAUCUUCCCCGCCAUCCUCAGCAUGGACCUGUACCGCAGGGAGGAGCGACGCUUCGACAUCUUCUGCUGCUUCGUCAGCCCCUGCGCUAACCGGGUGAUCCAGAUGGAGCCUCAGGCCUGCCUGGACGGCCUGAACAGGAGCCGCUACAGCCCGCCCCCCUCCUACGUGACCCCGCCCCCUUCCUACGUGACCCCGCCCCCCUCCUACAGCAGCCACAGCUUCGCGCAGCAGACGCAGAUCACCAUGCAGUCGACGGUGCAGCUGCGCACCGAGUACGACCCCCGCACGCAGGCCUACUACACCACCGCCGAGCCGCGCUCGGAGAUCUCCGUGCACCCGCUGCCCGUCCCCGCCCCCGCCGCCGCCGCCGCCGCCGCCGCCUCCAACCUCAACAACAACAGCGCCGGCCCCCGCGCUGGCGCCCCCCCCGCCCGGGCCCCGGGCCCCGACGCCGUCAGCUGCCACACGCCGGAGAACUCCAGCUCCACCCGGGACCUGCUGUCGGGCCCCCCCGAGCCCGCCCUGCGCUGCCUGGAGCCGCCCUGCUCCCGCUGGACCUUCGCCUCCUUCGCCGAGAAGCACUACGCUCCCUUCCUGCUGCAGCCCACCACCAAGGUGGUGGUCAUCGUCCUGUUCGUGGCGCUGCUGGGCGUGAGCCUGUACGGGACCACGCGCGUGCGCGACGGCCUGGAGCUGACGGACAUCGUGCCGCGCGAGACCAGCGAGUACGACUUCAUCGGCGCCCAGUUCCGCUUCUUCUCCUUCUACAACAUGUACGUGGUGACGCAGCGCGCGGACUACGCCCGCCAGCAGCCGCUGCUCUACGCCCUGCACCGCCGCUUCGCCUCCGUCAAGUACAUCCUGCGCCAGGACGGCGGCCGCCUGCCCCACAUGUGGCUGCACUUCUUCAGAGACUGGCUGCUAGGUCUCCAGCAGGCGUUUGAUCGCGACUGGGAGGCCGGCAGGAUCACGCAGGCCAGCUACAGGAACGGCUCGGACGACGGCGUCCUGGCCUACAAGCUACUGGUGCAAACCGGCCGGAGGGAUAAGCCCGUCAACAUGAACCAGCUGAGACGGCAGCGGCUGGUGGACGCGGACGGGAUCAUUAACCCCGCGGCGUUCUACGUCUACCUGUCGGCCUGGGUGAGCAACGACCCCGUGGCCUACGCCGCCUCACAGGCCAACAUCCGGCCCCACCCGCCCGAGUGGCUCCACGACCGCACCGACUCCAUCCAGGAGACCCGGCUCAGCAUCCCCGCGGCUGAGCAGAUCGAGUAUGCACAGUUCCCGUUCUACCUCAACGGUCUUCGUGAGACGGCCCAGUUCGUGGAGGCCAUCGAGAGCGUGCGGGCCAUCUGCACCAACUACAGCCUGCAGGGCCUGCCCAGCUACCCCAACGGCUACCCGUUCCUGUUCUGGGAGCAGUACGUGGGCCUGCGCCACUGGCUGCUGCUCUCCAUCAGCGUGGUGCUCUUCUGCACCUUCCUGGUGUGCGCCCUGUUCCUGCUCAACCCCUGGACCGCCUGCAUCAUCGUGCUGGUCCUGUCUCUGAUGACGGUGGAGCUGUUCGGGAUGAUGGGGCUCAUCGGCAUCAAGCUGAGCGCCGUUCCCGUGGUGAUCCUCAUCGCCUCCGUGGGGAUCGGGGUGGAGUUCACCGUGCAUGUGGCGCUGGCCUUCCUGACGGCGAUCGGAGAUCGGACCCGGCGGGCGGUGCUGGCGCUGGAGCACAUGUUCGCCCCGGUCCUGGACGGCGCCUUCUCCACCCUGCUGGGGGUCCUCAUGCUGGCGGGGUCCGAGUUUGACUUCAUCGUCAGGUAUUUCUUCGCUGUGCUGACCAUACUCACGGUUCUGGGAGUGCUGAACGGGCUGGUGCUACUUCCUGUUUUGCUGUCCUACUUUGGACCCUAUCCAGAGGUGUGCCCGGUCGAUGGGCGGAGCCGGCUGCCCACCCCCUCCCCGGAGCCACCCCCCCACGUUGUGCGCUUCCCUGUGCGUCCCAACCGGACAGCCGGAGGGGGCGGGACGGGCUCCGAUUCCUCUGAUUCGGAGUACAGCUCCAACACCACAGCUUCUGGGAUCAGCGAGGAGCUACAGCAGUACACGCUCAGGACCAGCAGGGGGCGGGCCGGGGAAAACCCCGCCCCCUAUCCCACCUCCACUUCCGUCCAUUUGGACCACAGGCAGCAGCAACAGCAGCAACAGCAGCUCCGGCCCCACCCCCCUGGUCACCACCAGGAGGCGGGAUCUCAGGCGCCAUGGCGACACAGUAGCAGGGACUCAAAGAGGGAGGCUGGGAGGGCCAGCCGCCAGCAGCAGCCUCCACCUCACCGGCCGCGCAUGGACGCUUUUGAAACUGCUACUGAUGCCGGUAGCCAUUUUGGCUCCGGCAGCCAUUCUGGAUCCAGCGGCCAUUCUGGCUCUGGAAGCCAUUCCGGCUCCGGCGGCCAUCCUGGCUCCAGCAGCCGCAACCCUCACAGCUCCCACAACCCCACCUUCACUGCUGCUGCGGGCCCUGUCUACUGUCAGCCCAUCACCACGGUGACGGCCUCCGCCUCGGUGACGGUCGCCGUCCACUCCUCCCUCCCCGCCCACAGCCCUGUCUACGCACCCUUCCCCUCGUCCAGCGGCCACCGGCGCUCCGACCCCUCAGACCCUAACCCCCACUUCCAGGACCCUCACGUGCCUUUUGAGAAUCGCUGCACUACCAGCGACUGCCAGCAGGAGGCAAUGGAGCUACAGGACAUUGAGUGUGACACUCAAAGCGACUGCGACAGGAGGCGACCUGUCAGCUGAGAAUUCCUUCUUUGUGCUUCCAGUUCGUGAAUACUGAAGCACAGAGGCCAAAGAUGGGGGGCAGUCCUCCUCGUCCGGCAGCAGGGGGCGCUGUGGGGGGGCAGAGGAAGCAGUGGCACUGGGCAGAACGCUCGACAUUUACUGUAACUUAGUGUACCAUUGUGUUAGAUAUUUCUAUAAGUAUUUAAAAGAUAUACACUUAUGUAAAUACGAAAAGAGAAAAAAAAGUAGCUAUAAUUCUAGGAGCUGUACAACUCCUGUAUGAGAGUCUGGGGACAUCAUUGCGUGUGUGUGUGUGCAUGCGUGCGUGGUACGUGUGUGUGUGUGUGUAUGUGUGUGUGAACUCUGUAAUUACUGUUCAUUCAUCUGUUUAUCUGUGCCAUGAGGAAGCUUCAUCUACAGACACACUUCAGCAUGCACGCAUGGUUGCUGCUUAAAUAUUGUUUAAUGUACAUGUAUAAUACUAUGCAAAUAUUGCUUGUAUGUUAGAAGACUGUGCGAGCUUGAGAAAGAGGCUGUGUGUGUGUGUGUGUGUGUGUGCACGUGCGUGCGUGUGUGUGCGUGUGUGUGUGUGUGUGCUGGAGCUACAGACUGUAAUGUGGAUUGGGUUCGAUGUAGAGAAUUCAGGACAGUUGAAAAUCCCUUCCGUAUCUACUGUGUCUGUGAAAUUGCCAGUAUAUUCCCAUUUAGCACAGACACAGUGGAACCAUAUUCCAUUCUAAUGAUAAACCUCAAGCUUGUAUGUACUAGUUUCUUUUUUUCUGUUUUCUUUGUGGGCGGGGUGUGCUGAAUAUGGGGGGAUUUGGCGUUCUUUGCGGAAUCAUUGCAAGUUCUUGCGGACUAUUUCUUAAACUAAACACAUCUUGUGGAUGUGGAAACAGGAUUUAGGAGGGUGGGGUUGAGACAACCCUCUGCCUGGCUCCAGUGUGUGUGUGAGUUUGCAUGUAUGUGUGUGUGAGUGUGUGUGUAUGUGUGUGUGUGUGCCUGUGCGUGCAUGCAUGUUCCUUAAGAGGAUGUGAAGGUACGCAUCUUUGUAUUUUAAUUUGCAUAUCACAGAUCUGUGGUAGUUACUGUUUUAACUUUGACACACGCUAUGCGUGAUACUUAAAACGAGCAGAUAUGAAGAAAAGCAUGUUCAUUUUUGUGACCCUUACUCUGUUAGCUCUUGUUCCUGUUAACUCCCUCGUUCCUUUCCUUUGUUUCCCUUUUUUCGUUUUGUUGUUAAUUUACUGAAAGGCCCUAAGUGCACAACCUGACUGUCCCAGCGAAACACUGCCAAUCUCUGUCCUCCUCUACUGUGAUGUCAUAAUGGUCUGUUUUGUGUCAUAAUGCCUUAGGACAAGGACAAGGGCUCCGCUGCCAUUGUAACAAACUAGCUCUUAUAUUUUUUUUCUGGUUUUAUAAAGUGCAGGGCCUUCAAAAGUCCAGCUCUUUUUUUGGCCUCGAAUCGACUUGCCUGUUGGGAGAACAGCUAUGGAAUUCAUUUUAAGACUUAAAAAAAAAAAAAUAAACGAAAGA